AUGGCACAUACAGAAGUUCGCACGGCACAACAACCUAAUGCAACCGUUACACAAGUUUCAUUUAAUCCACAAGAUAAUACACAAAUUUGUGCUGUUGGUCACGGUCUAUUUAAAAUGUUUCGCUAUGCUGACUCAACAUUGAAACCAUCUCAAAAUUUAAAACAGGAACAUUACAAUUUUACAUGCCAUUGUUGGGUAUCAGAUGAUCGAAUAUUAGCCGGUACAGAUUCAGGCAAAUUAUUUGUAAUUCAGAAUGGUGAAAUAUUACAUGAAAUUAAAUUAGAUUUAAAAUCAGAGUCAAGAUCAGUUCAAAGUCAAAUUCUAACACCAAUUGAACGACAAACCGACAGUAUAGAUAUGGAGUCAAGACAAGACGUCAAAUGUAUUGUACCAUUUUCACGUGGAGUGAUUGUAGCUGCAGGUACCAAUAAAGCGUAUACAUUCGAUCGAAUUGAUGAUAAUAAAGAAUAUUUUCGACGAAAUCGUGAAAUUAUGUUGCCAAAUGAUCCCGUAGAUAAAUCAAACAACGAACGAAUUGUGGCAAUGUGUUUGAGCCCAUCAGAAGAGACAUUAGUGGCUGAUGUCGCUACUUUUUCCUAUCUCACAGAAGGUUAUCAUCAUGCUCAAGUAACAGGCGUAGAUAUUUGUGUUCGAAAACAAUUAAUUGCCACAUGUGGUGUUGAUAAGAGUGUGCGAAUUUGGAAUUAUGAAACUGGAACAUUAGAAGUAUGCAAAGAAUUUCAAGAGGAAGCUUAUACAGUAUCACUGCAUCCAUCCGGUCUCUUUGUACUCGUGGGAUUCAGUGAUAAACUAAAAUUAUUUACAAUAUUAAUCGAUGAUUUACGUCCAUUUAAAGAGUUUUCAAUUCGCGGUUGUCGUGAAGCAUUAUUUUCUAAUGGCGGUCACGUAUUUGCUGCUGUUCAUGGCAAUGUAAUUCAAAUAUAUUCGACAGUAACAUUUGAAAAUAUAACAAAUCUAAAAGGACACAAUGGAAAAGUUCGUCAAUUGGUAUGGUCACCAGAUGACACACGUUUAUUUUCUUGUGGAAUGGAUGGUGCAAUAUACGAGUGGGAAUUAGCAACAUCGAAACGUCUUCAUGAAGCAGUUUUAAAAGCAUGUGGUUAUACAAGUCUUAGUUUAAGUGCUGAUGCUAAAACGGUUUAUGCUGUUGGAACUGAUAGAAAAAUAAAAGAAAUUUUAGAUGCACAGCAAAUACUUCGAGAAAUUCCUAUAUCGCCUGAUGAUAUGCAGCCAACAUCAAUUGCACUAAGUCAUACAGGAAAAUCUUUAAUUGUUGGUACAUCAAAAGGAACGGUACGAUCUUAUAAAUUUCCGUUAACAAAAGCGGAUGAAUUUACAGAAUACAUUGGUCACGUAGGAAUGAUAAAUAGAUUACGAAUAACAUUUCAAGAUGAAUAUGUGAUUUCGAUAGGUGACGAUGGUCUUGUCAUUUUAUGGAAAUUACAAGAACACGGUGUAUCGAAAAAAGAUAAAGAAUCAACAUUUGCGGAAGAAAUUUUAAUUACCAAGAGUGAUUUAGAAGAGAAAAAUACUUUAAUACGUGAACUAAAACAACGUGUUACCGAAUUACGAGAAGAAAAUGAAUAUCAAUUAAAAUUAAAAGAAAUGAAUUAUGCCGAACGUAUACGUGAUUUAACCGAUAAAUUUAUGCAAGAAAUGGAAAAUUUAAAAACAAAAAAUACGGUGAUUACUGGUGAAAAAGAGAAAGAAGCGAGUAAACAUGCUGAACAAGUUCACGAUCUUCUUGAAAAACAAAACAAAGAAUUACAAGAUCUCGAAAGUUCAAAUAAUCAAAAACUAAUGUUAGAAUAUGAAAAGUAUCAAGAAUUACAAGCUAAAACGCAAAAAACUCAAGAAGAAUAUGAAAGACAAAUAACAGAAUUAGAAAAUCGAAAAGAAGAAGAAGUGACACGUCAACGAAUGCAAUAUACAGCACAAUUAGAAAAAUUAAAAAAUGAUUUAAUAUUGGAACGUGAAAAAAAUAAACAACAAUCUCGCGAUCAUGAAGAAACCAAACGACAAAUAGAAGAAGAUGCUGAUGAAGAAAUACUCAAAAUGAUGCAAGGACAUGAACAAGCAUUAAUCGAAUGUAAAGAAGAGAAUGUUAGUCUUAGAAAUAAAAGUACAACAUUUCAACGAAAAGUAGAAGAAUCAAUUAAGAAGAAAGACGCUGAUUUAACAAGUUUAAAAAAUGAAGAAAUUAAAUUACAACAAGCAAUUCGUGGAUUAAAAAAAGAUAUUGAAGGUUUAAAAAAAGAAAUACAAGAACGUGAUGAAACAAUACAAGAUAAAGAAAAACGUAUAUAUGAAUUAAAACGAAAAAAUCAAGAAUUAGAAAAGUUUAAAUUUGUACUCGACUAUAAAAUAAAAGAAUUAAAAAAACAAAUAGAACCACGUGAACUUGAAAUUAAAGAUAUGAAAGAACAAAUAACAAAUAUGGAAGCUGAAUUAGAACGUUUAAGUAAAAGUAAUGAUGAAGAAAAAUUGAAAAAUGAAGAACUUAAACAAAAAUUAAGUGCAUCUGCUUUGGCUCUUCAACAAGAAAAACAAAUGAAACGUGAUUCUGAAUUAUCAUUAAAACGAAUUAAAACUGAUCUACAUAAUUGUUCAGCAUUACUUCAAGAACCAAAAUUAUUAAAACAAAAAGUUUUUGAAAUUAAUCAACUAUAUGUUCGUGAAGAUGCCACUGAGGCAGCAAAUGUUGAUCAAGAUAUACAAAAGGAGUAUGCACGUCAACGUGAUCAUUUGGAACGAACCGUAAGAAGUCUUAAAACAAAAUUAGAUAAAGAUUCAGAAAGACAUAAAAAUGAUAAUAUUCGUAUAAUGCAGGAAAAUGUUACAUUAAUUAAAGAAAUCAACGAUCUUCGACGUGAAUUGAAAUCAGCUCGUGUCAAAUUGCAAGAUUUACAGACAGCAAUGGGUAUUAGUCGAAAAAUGGCAGCAACAACCACGGAUCAAAUUGUUCAAGCAUUGCAUACACAUCAAAAUAAUCAUCUUGUUAAAGAAAAACAUACUGAAUUAGAAAAUUUGAUAACAAGACAGCGUAGUGAAAUACAAAGAUUAAAUGAUCAACUUGUUCACAUAGAAGGACGUAGUAGACCAACAUCAGGACAAUUACCUCCCAUUAAUUCGGCAUUAGCAGCGCAUUAA